AGGGACGUCUACCGGAAAGUGCAGGGUAGGGAUAACCCUGUCCCCACCACCAUUAUCAGCAUUGCAGGUAUACAUCCUCCCUUCGUCCUCUCCAUCCUCCCCUCACUUCUCUAUCGUCUCGCUCUCUAUCCUCCCUCUCUCUCUUACCAUUCCGUGCGCCACUGUGUGACUCAUGAGUUCUCUGUCACGGCUGUCUCAAUACUGCCUCCGGCUGGAAAUCUCUGCGAAAAUAACAGUCUGCUUUUUCAUUUCCAGUGUCACUCUUUCUGAAUGAACUCCCUUUCUCUAUCAGCUCAGUAUGUCUCUGUUUCUGCUUCGGUGACUAGCGCUGGGCCAGUCAAAUGGCUAGAUUGUCACUGCAAAGCUAAUAGUCAGUAUCAUACAGCUAUUGCACAUUUGCCUCUUCACACACCUUUGUGGCGUCUCCUGCUAUCUAUGUCCAUAGGUCCUUUAUGUAGCCUGUAUAUGCACACUUUUCUUAGUCCUCACUUUAUCGUUACUCAAUUAGCAUAAACAGAGCACAAGAAGGUACACUUGCAACAGAAACCUGGACUCAAGUGACAUUUUCACACUUAUGAGCCUUGCUAAACUGAUCCAAGCUGAACUGUUAUGCUCUGGCCAGGUUAUGCAUCCACCACAGUAGCUGGAACUGUGCCAGAAAGGAUUAUGUGAAAAGAAAAUAUCCAAGGCAGCAUAGUACGGCACGGCUUAGCAUAAUAUUUUGAAAAGUGUAAAGGUUUUCAAGAGCAGGUGUUGAUCAGUCAACAGCAACCUUGACCACUCACGGACACACAUGAAUGGCCUCUUAUGGGUAUCGUCCUUGUCAUGGCCACUAACCACCCAAAUGUGUUCUCUCUCCCUUUCUCUUUCUUUCUCCCUCUCUCUCUAUCUUUCUCCCCCUCUCUCCCUCAGAGGAAGGGGACGAGGAGGCUCUCUCCAAGAAGGAGGAGGAGGAACGUCGCAUCGCUGAGAUGGGCCGGCCCACCUUGGGGGAGCACGUCAAACUGGAAGUGGUCAUCGAGGAGUCGUAUGAGUUCAAGGUACGAGACAGCACUUCCGCUUUGGUCUGUUUCUGAAGCGCACUAUUUUACAAGAUUAAUGACUACAUUUCGGUUUCCUGGUUACUAAAAUGUUCCCCUAAUUUUAGUUUUUGUGACACAAAAAUCAUUGUAUAGUGUAGAGAAUCAUUGCAAUAUCUAAAAGGCUGUGAAAUAUAUUUUGAAUAACCACAAAUAUUGUAUUUUCAGCUGUUUGAAGCUGACGUACAAAACUGAAAAUAAAAAUAAGCAAAAACAAAACAUACAGAGGGGAAGCAUAGCAUACCGCACAUAGAACAGAUCUACCGCUUACCAGACUUGCUUUCAAUGAGAAUGACAGAUCAUUAACUCUAAUUUCUAUCUGAAAUCUGCCGGGUCAGGCACAAACCAGCAAAAUUGUACCUUUAAUAAUAGUAAAUCACAGCUUUGAUAGGACCAUAAAACACCUAGUGGACCCUAAAACCAUUCACUCUACCACUUGGAAAGGGAGUAAGACAACCAGCUGCACUUGAGAUUGUAUCUCCAUUACUUCAGUCGUACCUCCCAUGUCUUAAGUGGUAUCUCCCAUGUAUUAAGUCAGCCCAGCUGGAGUCCUUUCAAUGUUUAAUUGCAUCCGAAUGCCAACUGUCACUGACAUGGCCAUCUGUCAAUCCAAAAGUUCCAUAUUCCACGUGAAAGAGACAGUGAUUAGGAUGAACAUUUCUUUGCAGUUUGGGGUAGUUUUAAGGAUAGAAGUCAGGGUAUGUUUUGAGGUUGAUAUAGGAGUUGAGAUAUGGUUUGGUUCACAGUUUGGCCUGAUAAAUCAAACUGGUUUGUCUUUAUUGCAUUGUAUAGACCCUUUUACAUCAUGUGCACUGCCAAGGUGUAUUCAUUGGGCAUGUACAGUUGAAGUCGGAAGUUUACAUACACCUUAGCCAAAUACAUUUAAACUCAGUUUUUCACAAUUCCUGACAUUUAAUCCUAGUAAAAAUUCCCUGUCUUAGGUCAGUUAGGAUCACCACUUUAUUUUAAGAAUGUGAAAUGUCAGAAUAAUAGUAGAGAGAAUGAUUUAUUUCAGCCUUUUAUUUCUUUCAUCACAUUCCCAGUUGGUCAGAAGUUUACAUACACUCAAUUAGUAUUUGGUAGCAUUGCCUUUCAAUUGUUUAACUUGGGUCAAACGUUUCGGGUAGCCUUCCACAAGCUUCCCACAAUAAGUUGGGUGAAUUUUGGCCCAUUCCUUCUGACAGAGCUGGUGUAACUGAGUCAGGUUUGUAGGCCUCCUUGCUCGCACACGCUUUUUCAGUUCUGCCCACAAACUUUCUAUAGGAUUGAGGUCAGGGCUUUGUGAUGUCCUUAAGCCAUUUUGCCACAACAUUGGAAGUAUGCUUGGGGUCAUUGUCCAUUUGGAAGACCCAUUUGCAACCAAGCUUUAACUUCCUGACUGAUGUCUUGAGAUGUUGCUUCAAUAUAUCCACAUAAUUUUGCUUCCUCAUGAUGCCAUCUAUUUUGUGAAGCACACCAGUCCCUCCUGCAGCAAAGCACCCCCACAGCAUGAUGCCUUCACCCCCGUCCUUCACGGUUGGGAUGGUGUUCUUCGGCUUGCAAGAGUACCCCCUUUUUCCUCCAAACAUAACGAUGGUCAUUAUGGCAAAAAAGUUAUAUUUUUGUUUCAUCAGACCAGAGGACAUUUCUCCAAAAAGUACGAUAUUUGUCCCCAUGUGCAGUUGCAAACCGUUGUCUGGCUUUUUUAUGGCGGUUUUGGAGCAGUGGCUUCUUCCUUGCUGAGCGGCCUUUCAGGUUAUGUCGAUAUAGGACUCGUUUUACUGUGGAUAUAGAUACUUUUGUACCUGUUUCCUCCAGCAUCUUCACAAGGUCCUUUGCUGUAGUUCUGGGAUUUAUUUGCACUUUUCGCACCAAAGUACGUUCAUCUCUAGGAGACAGAACGUGUCUCCUUCCUGAGCGGUAUGACGGCUGCGUGGUCCCAUGGUGUUUAUACUUGCGUACUAUUGUUUGUACAGAUGAACGUGGUACCUUCAGGUGUUUGGAAAUUGCUCCCAAGGAUGAACCAGACUUGUGGAGGUCUACAAUUCUUUUUCUGAGGUCUUGACUGAUUUCUUUUGAUUUUCCCAUGAUGUCAAGCAAAGAGGCACUGAGUUUGAAGGUAGGCCUUGAAAUACAUCCACAGGUACACCUCCAAUUGACUCAAAUUAUGUCAAUUAGCCUAUCAGAAGCUCCUAAAGCCAUGACAUCAUUUUCUGGAAUUUUCCAAGCUGUUUAAAGGAACAGUCAACUUAGUGUAUGUACACUUCUGGCCCACUGGAAUUGUGAUACAGUGAAUUAUAAGUGAAAUAAUCUGUCUGUAAACAAUUGUUGGAAAAAUGACUUGUGUCAUGCACAGAGUAAAUGUCCUAACCGACUUGCCAAAACUAUAGUUUGUUAACAAGAAAUGUGUGGAGUGGUAAAAAAAGAGUUUUAAUGACUCCAACCUAAGUGUAUGUACACUUCCGACUUCAACUGUAUGUGUGUUUGUGGAAUGCUAAAUAACCAGGAUUGAGGAAUAUUAGACUGAAAUCUUCUCUUCUGGUGCCCCACAGAACACAGUGGAUAAGCUGAUUAAGAAGACCAACCUGGCUCUAUUGAUUGGAACCAAUAGCUGGAGGCAGCAGUUUAUGGAAGCUAUCACAGUCAGCUCUGGUAAGCCGAUCAAUCAAUCAAUCAUUUCAUUGGCAGACUAUAGAGCUUUUUAAAAAUGUGUUUGUAACAAUGUGCCUAACCACCAACCCAGGCCUAAACCUCAAAAGAGCAAGCCACAACUAGAGUGGCAGGGGAAAACUCCCUAGGUCUAGGAAGUGUAGUAGGAAGAACCCUUCAGGGUAGCAUCUUAAACAUAACACCAGGUCUAUGUCCCAAAGGGCAUCCUACUCCCUUUAUAGUGCACUACUUUUGACCAGGGCACUAUAGUGAAUAGGGUACCAUUUGGGACACAGCCUAUAUUCUGAUUCUUGGACAACAAUAUGGUAUGAUGUAUUCAGAGCCAUAUCAAAUCUCAUCCAAAUUAGAAAAUAUUAUGUUAUUUUCCUUUCAAAUCACAUUUGUCGUAAUUGGCUACACAAUCACCCUAGUCACAAAGGCAUCUGCACAAAUCUUAAUUGGAACGCUUUUUGUAAUUAGCGGGAACAGUGAAGUUCCAGUAGCGGCGCCCUCCGAAGCACAUUCCAGACACAAUGCACUGUUGAUAUAUCAACGGAGGAGCGUCGACGCACAACAAACUCAUCAAGCAACACACACACACAACCACACAAUCUCACACACACAAUCACACACACACACAUCUCACACACGCACGCAGGAACACACGCAAACAGACACACACACACACAAACACACUGAGGGCCUGAGUGGAGCUGACAAAGCUUGUUAGCCAUGGGAGUGCACUCCAGAGGAGAUUCCUCCAGGGCUAGUAAUGAGAUCACUAAAAAGUCCAUGUAAUGAAUUAGUCUGCUCGUUGAGUUCUAAACUACGUGUGUGUUUGGCCAUGUGGCCGUGUGGCCGUGUGUUUGUGGCCGUGUCCAGAAUCAGGCUUGCCUACUACUUACUUAAACUGCAUACUGUGUGCUAGUACCACAUACUGUUUAGAAAAAAAACAAUUCAGUAAGCAACAAAUAUCAGCAUACUAGGCUCAUCCUACUGAGAAUGCAUCAUCUAAUGAGCAAUUACGUUUAUUCCCGUCAUUCGUUCAUUUUGGUAAAGCGCGUCCCCUCAGCUGAUUAUCAGCUGUUGUCAGACACGUGGCUCUCGAAAGACGAUUCUCUUCCUCAAAAGUGUACAGUGAAUUAUACUAGCUGAAAAGCUGAAAUUAGUAUGACAUCCUGCCAUUUAAAGCAUACAAACAUUUUGAAAUUUCACAUAUUAUAAAAUAUUUUAUAAAUCAAUUCCUGCUAUUUAGAAUGAAAGUAUGGGUAUUCAGACAUGACCAUUGUGUGUGUGUGUGUGUGUGUGUGUGUGUGUGUGUGUGUGUGUGUGUGUGUGUGUGUGUGUGUGUGUGUGUGUGUGUGUGUGUGUGUGUGUGUGUGUGCUUGUGAGUUCUGAACUGUGCUAAUAUCCAGGCAGACCCUUUCCACUAGGAUAGGCACAGAGUCUUUGCUGCACAUGGGCUAUGGUUGAUCCCUAACCUGUAUGGUUACCAUAACACAAAUUAGAUUGGAAACAAAACAGGACAGAACAUGGUCAAGCUGGAUCUGUUGAACCUCUAUGGCCUCCUGUCCACUCAAUUGCACACAUGAGCACACACACGCACCCACUCAUGCGUAGAAACAAACAUUGAAACAAGUACUGAAAUGCAGGCCUAUGUCUUGAGACAUACUUAUGGACACGACAUGUAUUGUAUUAUCAAAAACACACACAAGUACAGAUACACACACACAAAAACGUGACCAUUCCCUGCUCCCAUGCAGAGAAAUGCAUUCAGAUGGAUUUUGAACAUCAGCUAUUUUAAGCAACGCUGUCAGUCACCCUAAUAAACUCCCCAUGGCUUCAAUGAGCAGAGAUGUGGCUUACUGUCCUGACUUGAUGUGUUAAGAGGCUUCAUUAUUUGUGUAAUGUGGAAAAGGGAGUGGAGAGAGUGGGGCUAACUGCUAACAGUACUAGGAAAGCCUAAAAUGCCUCUGUCUGUUUUCAUUUAGAAUGGACUAGUGGUGGCUAGCUUCUCCUGGUCCACUCACAGUUUAAGACUUAUUUACAUUGCCCAGAAUGUUAACAUUGUAGCAGAGGUUUUAACCAUGUUAAACUUUUAAAUUGAACCUUUGACUAUGAAGUUGGGGUUACAACACAUCUUCCCUCCCCUCAAAAUGUCUCAGGCGAUGAUGACGAGGACGAGUGCGGCGAGGAGAAGCUGCCCUCCUGCUUUGAUUACGUCAUGCACUUCCUCACCGUCUUCUGGAAGCUCCUGUUCGCCUUUGUGCCGCCCACCGACUACUGGAACGGCUGGGCCUGCUUCGUGGUCUCCAUCAGCAUGAUUGGCCUGCUCACCGCCUUCAUCGGAGACCUGGCCUCCCACUUUGGCUGUACUGUGGGCCUCAAGGACUCCGUGACCGCCGUGGUGUUUGUGGCGCUUGGAACGUCUGUGCCAGGUGCGUUCCAUACAUGCUGCAAUACACACAGAAACGUAUACACAACCACACAGACAUAUUCACAAACAGUGGGUUUUAUUAGGACUCUGUCACCAAUCUGGUGUUUGCGGCAUUGGGAUACCAGGUUAGUAACAUACACCAUCUAACUCUUUACUCUCAUGACAGGGUUUAUCACAAUUAGGCAUUGUCACUCCUAAAAGCAGUGAUUUGUAUGAAAUGUUCUUGAAUAGUACACUAUGUCAUAGCUCUUGUCAUGCAUGGACAUCUAAUUUUGGAUCCGUGUCACCCUACCACCAUUCACAAUUCUGAUUAUUUUUUUUCUCUCUCUCUCUCUCUCUCUCUCUCUCUCUCUCUCUCUCUCUCUCUCUCUCGAUCUCUCUCUCUCUCACAGACACGUUUGCCAGCAAGGUAGCUGCAAUCCAGGACCAGUACGCUGACGCCUCCAUCGGCAAUGUAACGGGCAGCAAUGCCGUCAAUGUCUUCUUGGGCAUCGGCGUGGCCUGGUCCAUCGCCGCUAUCUACCACAAUUCCAAGGGCAACGACUUCCGGGUGGACCCUGGCACCCUGGCCUUCUCCGUCACCCUAUUCACCAUCUUCGCCUUUGUCGCCGUGGCCGUGCUCAUGUACCGCCGCCGACCCGAGAUUGGGGGUGAGCUGGGUGGGCCCCGGGGCCCCAAAAUCGCGACCACCUGUCUCUUCUUCAGCCUGUGGCUCAUGUACAUCGUCUUCUCCUCCCUGGAAGCUUAUUGCCAUAUCAAGGGCUUC